GUCAAAUCCAACAUGAAGGAAGUCUAAAUUUUCACCCAUUUUAGAUUUUUCAAUAGCUGGGUCCUGCUCUAAAACGACAAUUCUAGGAUUCUAAUUGCUGUUCUUGAUUAGAUAGGCAUGCCUAACUUAGUAGAUAAAAACACACAGAGCUGUAAGGAUUAAUGGAUUGUGUAUCUCCAAUUUGUAAGCGCACACAAAAUAAGAAAUUGUGAAGAUGAUUGGUCAUUUAUGAAGAGAGAGAAAGAGAAAGAGGGAGCAUUUCCCCAACUUAGUAUCUAUUGUCCUCUCAGAGUUUUUACCCUCCCCUAUGGAUAUCUCUCUCUUUUCCCCCUUUGGUUUUAUCAGCCUUUUGCUAUCCAUGCGAGCAAUUCCUUUGGAGUUUUGAGUCAAUGAUGGCAUCAUCACUGUGAUGACUCUAGGACAGAGUUCAAGGCCUCUUCAUUUGUUAUUUAUGAGGGCAAUAAAUGGAAGAGCGAGAAGAUGUUAGAAAGGAAGAUGAGUUUGCAGGAAUGGGUUCAAAGCUGCGUACAUAAAAUAAACUAUUCCCCGCCUUGGAAAGGAGCAACAGUUUUGCAGUAACCGGAGCAGUGAAGACUUCAGAUUCAAAUGCUUUGGACCAACGUAGGUUUCCAAUGAAGAAACAUGUUGAAUGCCAUGGCAGAGAUUCUGUGAGGAAUACAAUGUUGAAGCAUGAAGACAUUUUCAGGCAGCAGGUUCGUGAGCUCCAUCGUCUGUAUCAAGUCCAGAAGAUGCUGAUGAUUGAGCUGGUGAAAAAGGAAGCAGAACUCCAUUCGUUGCCAAGUACUGAAGCUACAGCAGCAGUGGCAGAUACAAAGACUAGAAUCUGGAGCAGUGCUUCAACCUCCGAGAUAACCCAAUCUUCUCGUGUCAGUAAUGUGAACCAACCUGCAGCUUGCAGCACAAGGGCAGGAGGCUUCCUCUCAAGGGAGCUAAGUUUCUGCUCUCGUGACCGAUCGACUGUGCAUGACAUGGGCUUCGAUCAACCAGCUGAAGAGAACACUUUCAGAGACAGGAACACAAAACAGCUCCGAGAAACAUGGUCUGAUGAUGGAGCUGAAAUUGACUUGACGCUUAGCAUAGUCUGCGGUCCUAGAAACAAAAAAGAUCAAAAUGUUGCGCCGUGUCCGAAUGCCUAAAUUGACUGCUCAGAUCCAACUACGAGUGAUAUCAGGUUGAGGCAGAUUAAGCAGGAGAAAGAAGAGGAUUGUGGUGAUUCCUCUUCUGGCCUGGACAGAGAAAUGGUGAAGAGUCCCCCUUGGCUUCUUCGUGCUCUAAAUUUGAACAAGACAUGAAACAAACAUAAAAAUUUGUUUCUUUUCCUGCAUUAUUCUUGAUUGAAAACAGAUGGUGAAUGAGGACUUUGAGCAAAGGGCCUUCUACAUUAGCAGCUAAAAUUGAUUGAUUUACACAGCCAAUAUGUUUCUUUGGGGUUUCAAGUUUGAUAUGUAUAUAUAUUUUUUUUCUCUUGAUUUCUUUUCCCUUUGUCAUUUAGAAUUGAAGUCAUCCAACAAUGUAACAUGUCUUUUCAUUCCAAAUAUAUUUAAAAAACCUGAACUUGGUCCAUCGUUGUAGACU